CACGCGCCGCACGCGCGCCCCAGUUCUCGCUCUUCCUCCGCCGCCGCGCUGCGCUCCGCUCGUGUCCGUGCGCACGUGUGCCGUCGCGCGUUCGGUCGGCGGCUAGCCAGCCAUGGCGGCGGGCGCGAUGGGGAGGCUGAGGGAGGCGGAUCCCGCGCGGUGCCGGAGGCAUCCGAAGCACCGGCACGCGGCGGGCGUGUGCCCGUUCUGCCUGCGGGACCGCCUGUCGCGGCUCUCCGCGGCCUCCGCCUCCGGCUCCGGCCCCGCGCUCGCCGGCGCCAACGCGUCCGCGUCCGCGUCGCCGUCGUCGGCGUCGUCCCCGUGCUCGUCGUGGGAGGAGACCGUCGCGCUGUCGUCGGCCCGGGCCCCGCGGCCACGCCGCGGGAGCCUGGGCCUGCUGCAGCAGCAGGAGGGGCGGGAGGCGGCGGCGCUGGCCUCGGGCCGCCGGGCGGGCCAGGCGCAUGGGCAGAGGGAGGAGCAAGAGAGGACGGCGAGGAGGGGCAGCAACUUCUGGGCGCGGCUGCAGCAGCAGCUCCACCACGGGGGCUGGCACAGGAAGGACGGGUGCUCGGCGGCCGCGGAGAAGCAGGGCGCCCCCGCCGCCGCAGCGCCGCACAGGCGGGCGCCGGUGGUCUGACGAAGGCGACGGGUCGGUCGGAGGCCGUGUCGUGCCGGUGGACGAGCGCGUCGAGGUGUUCGGUUCUGUGCUGUUCCUGUGUGUUACGCCGUUGGUUAUCUCGCAACCCUCCCCUUGGGUUUCUUUUCUUCCUGUCCUGUGAUCUGCUGGCCGUGUGGCGGCGAACGGCGGCCUAAUGGCUCGUCCAUUUUGUAAACAUCUCCAAAACGAAGCUCGCGCUCGGUUCAUUCGUGUUCUUCC